AUGCUAAAAAGUACAAAGAUAUUCGAAUGUUUUCAAAAACCAGCUGUCUUUAGUUGGGAAGAUCCUUUCGAUCUCGAGUCACAGCUGACUCAGGACGAGAUCCUGAUUAGGGAUCAGUUUCGCGUCUACUGCCAGGAGAAGCUAUUGCCACGUGUGAUCGAGGCGAAUCGUAAAGAGAUCUUCCACAAGGAGAUCAUGAGAGAGUUAGGGGAACUCGGGAUUCUGGGGUGCACGAUGAAGGGGUACGGUGCCGCGGGGGUGUCCUCCGUGGCGUAUGGACUCAUGGCCAAGGAGAUAGAGACCGUGGACAGUGGAUACAGGUCUGCCUUUUCGGUGCAAUCCUCGUUGGCAGCCGGCGCGAUAUAUGCACACGGGGACGAGUCGCAGAAGGAACGAUAUUUACCAAAACUCGUUUCCGGUGAAUUGAUUGGUUGCUUCGGGUUGACCGAGCCGAACCAUGGUAGCGAUAUAGGAUCCAUGGAGACCAGAGCUACGUACGACCCGGAGAAAAAGGUUUACAGGCUGAACGGGAGCAAAACAUGGAUUACAAACGCUCCCAUCGCCGACAUACUGAUUGUCUGGGCGAAAUGCGACGACAAUGUGAUCCGUGGGUUCGUGGUCGAGCGUCAGGGGAACGAGAAUCGUCUGUCCACACCAAAGAUAGAGGGUAAGUUCUCUUUGAGAGCUUCCAUCACGGGGAUGAUACUGAUGGAUAACGUGGAGGUGCCGUCGGUGAACCUCUUAUCGAACGCCCAAGGUCUAAGAGGACCUUUCACUUGUUUGAACAACGCUCGAUACGGCAUCGCGUGGGGCGCGUUGGGCGCCGCGGAAGCCUGCUUCAGGGCGGCCAGGUCGUACACCCUCGACAGAAAGCAAUUUAACAGGCCACUGGCGGCGAACCAAUUAAUGCAGACGAAGCUGGCCGACAUGAUGUGCGACAUCGCGUUCGGUCUUCAGGCCUGCGUCCGAGUUGGCAGACUGCUAGACGAGGGCAAAGCCACCCCGGAAAUGAUCUCCAUGAUCAAGAGGAAUUCGGCGGCGAAAGCUUUACAAAUCGCGAGAACCGCGAGGGAUAUGCUCGGUGGCAACGGAAUAUCGGACGAGUACCAUAUUAUUCGUCAUGUGAUGAACCUGGAGAGUGUCGUCACCUACGAAGGCACGCACGAUAUUCAUUCGUUGAUACUCGGCAGAGUGAUCACAGGCAUUCAGGCCUUCAGUUAAGGGCAAUCU